UGUCAGUCUUGCACUCGCAACAAAAACCAAAACCGGCUAACGAGUACCCUACGGGUCUUUUGAGAUGACGUGAGACUCAACAUUGCGACAACAAGAAUCUCUGAGGCCCUUUUUUUGGGUCAUCCGAUGCUAGUUGAGAUCGUCGGUUUUCCUACGACUCGCAGUUUGCGGGUAGCCCAAGACCAUGCCUCGUGAGGUCGAAAUCUCCAAUAUUGAGAGAAGUUUUAUCCUUGAGGCUCUCUCACAAGAUGUACGACUAGACGGAAGAAGUCUCGACCAAUGGAGAAAUCUCGAGUUGGAAUUUGGACAAGAGUACGGCACUGCCACUCUUCGCCUAGGCAAGACGAGGGUACACGUGCAGAUAUCCGCAGAAGUGACCAAGCCACUGGAAGAACGCAAGUUUGAAGGCUUGUUCACCAUCAACGCUGAGCUCAGCCCGAUAGCGUCACCCGCGUAUGAAGUUGGCAGACCUACAGAACAAGAAGUCAUUCUUUCACGGAUGUUAGAGAAAGCGAUACGACGAUCCAAUGCGAUUGACACGGAGUCCCUUUGUAUCAUUGCCGGAGCCAAAUGUUGGUCGGUACGAGCAGAUGUUCACGUGCUGGAUGCCGACGGAGGCCUCAUUGAUGCGUCGUGCAUUGCAAUUGUUGCGGCUCUGCGGCAUUUUCGCCGGCCAGAUGUCUCGGUGGAUGGCGAAAGCGUGACCAUUUACACCAUGGCGGAGCGGGUUCCCGUGCCGCUGAGUAUCAUGCACAACCCAGUGUGCGUCACAUUCAGUUUCUAUCAUGAAGGAGACGUCAUGCUAGUGGACGCAACUCGGAGCGAGGAACAAGUCAGGGAAGCAGAAGUGGUCUUGACGGUCAACGACUUUGAGCUGUGUCAAAUAGCCAAAUUGGGAGGAAGCGCUGUGGACGCUGUGGUUCUGUUGAAGUGUAUCAGCAUGGCAUUGUCCAAGGGCAAGGAAAUCAACGCUGCAGUUGGACAAGCGCUUAUCGAAGAUGCCAACAAACGAGAUGUUGGUGGGCUGAUAGCCGAGCUUAGGGCAGAGAAUGAGAGACCCUUGAGUUAAGUUACGGAGAGUCUAACUAAGUCUUGGUAGACCACAAGAGUUUAGAUGUUUCAGGUCAUUCUGGAAUUUAAAGGACGCCAG